UAUAAAAGCUGGCCGAGUGAUGAGCAUAAAAAACCGAAUCCCUAAUACGUUGUCUCCCACAGGCGAAACCAUGUCUCUCGCGAUCCCAGCCCAGCCGCCCAGCCUCAACCUCACAGAUCAGGACGACAAGAUCCGCAAUCAUGGUACCGGCUCAAAAGACUCGAAGCUUGCUGGAAAGUCUUUGACUCAACAAUUUGACUACUUGUCGCUGGCUCUGCCUCUCCCUCUCCCUCAUGAACAAGAAGAAGAAUCAGCAAAGGGGGAAGAGGAGGAGGAGGAAGAAGAAGAAGAAGAAGAAGAAGAAGAAGAAGAAGAAGAAGAAGAGGGUGAAGACGAGGAAGAAGUAUUUGACGUUUGUCGUGUUUGCUUGAAGGACAAGGAACACUGGACAUUUGAUUGCCCGUAUCUGGAUCGCAUCCCGAACCCGAAGACGACAACUGUUGGCAGUGGCUAUGCAAUAGUUUGUAGAGGAUGUCAUGUGUUGGGUGGCCAUGGUGAUAGGGCCUGGGUAGGACGUGCCAUUAUGAAGUCUUGUAGUAUUUGUGAGGUACCAGCUUCUCACUGGAAUUACGAAUGCCCAAAAAACCCCGACCCCAGAAAGUAUGACUAUUCGAAAAAUCGUAAGGUGUUGAAGCAAGAGGUCUAUAGUGUCGCAUGAGUACUUUUCAUUAGCCACCAUUACGAUAAACUAUGUUAUCCCUUGUAUAAGAAUUUUAUCCCGUGUUUGAGAACUCAGUACUAUUGUGUCCCCUAUUAUGAAAACGCCUAUCUAGACAUUGUUAUUGUACCGGAUUGUUAUUUGCGUCUUGCCAACUGUAUUUUCUUCUACUGCUGCUUUUAUUA